AAUGAAGUGGUUUUAUGGUACCAAACAUUUAGUUGUACAAGUGUUCGACUGUACAACAGUGGCCAGGUUCUUCUUAAUAAUAUAGCUAAAAUUGUGGGCCAGGUUGUCCCAUCUGAACAGGAGCAGCUCACAAGAUCCCUGGGAGUUGGGCCUCAUGCAAGAACCUGCUUCUUUGGUGGCUAUGACAGCAUAAAGCAUAGCCCAGAUGCACUGCGAAGCUUGUGCGGUGUUGACGGCAAUGUGUUUGCUUUGCUGCUUAGCCUACUGCCAACGGUUCGAGACCGGGGGAGUGACGUUACAGUAGAAAACAAAAUGCUGAUCUUCCUCACAAAAAUGAAACUGGGAAUAUCGUUUAGCGCUGUUGGAACUCUCUUCGGGGUCCACGAGACCACUGCCUGCCGUACAUUUUAUGCUGUGCUGUGCACCUUGGCAGAGGUCACUAAAGGUUGGAUCAGUAAGCCUCCUGUGAGCAACAUCAAGCUUGCGCAGCCGCUUUGUUUUCAGGAAAACUAUCCGGAGUGCACUCUCAUUGUAGAUUGCACAGAGAUAAAAACGGAGACACCCCCCAACAUUAGGCAGCAGCACGUACUGUACUCCUCGUACAAAGGAUGCUACACACUGAAAUUCCUUGUUGGAAUCAUCCCCAAUGGAAUGGUGGUGUUCAGGUCCAAACCGUACGGUGGUCGAUGUUCAGACACAUACAUCACACUAAACUCUGGAUUUUUGAAUGUGCUCGAAAGCGACGACAUGGUUCUUGCAGACAAGGGAUUUCCUGGCAUUCGCGCUUCUCUUGCCGACAGGGGGGUCAUCCUUGUAAUGCCACCAUUCUCGGCGGGAAGCAACGUUCCAUUCACUACCGAGGAAAUGGAAGAGACCUACGCAGUUGCUUCGGUGCGCAUUCAUGUGGAAAGGAUGAUUCAAAGAAUUAAGCUCUACGACAUCCUUAACCACCGAGUUCCCAUUUCACUGAUACCAGCAAUGGGAGACAUUUUCCACAUGUGCUGUGUUUUGGCCAACCUUCAGCCACACAUUAUCAGCUCGUAG